CAUGACCACCAAAAACAAAAAAAAAUAAUAAACCUAAUCGGUUUCCCGGCAUUUCUUUCCCGCGCAAGUACUGAGAGCAAAAAUCUUAAUCUUCUUCUUUAAGCUUAAACUUAAAUAAUAAAUCGAUCCCAAUUUUAAUCUUCUCUGAGAGAGAAGAAAGAAGAGAAAAUGGCAGGAACAGCAACAGGUUGUUACAAAUGUGGAAGACCAGGUCACUGGUCACGCGACUGUCCUUUCUCCGCCCCCAAUCCAAACCCUAAUUCCUCCAAAACCACCGAUGAUCUUCCUCCACCUCCUCCUUCCUCUUCCUUCAAACCUUCUGUUCCUAGAUCCGCCGUCGAAAAGCCCAAAAAGCUCCCACGCACCCGUCCAAAACUCACUCCCGAGCUUCUUCUUUCCGAUGACGGUCUUGGUUACGUUCUUCGCUAUUUCCCUCGCAACUUCAAAUACCACGGUCGUGGCCACGAGGUUCGUGAUUUGGGUAACUUGCUUGACUUGUACUCUGAAUGGCACUCUCGUUUGCUACCUUAUUAUUCCUUCAAUCAAUUUGUUCACAAAGUUGAGAAAGUUGCUGCUACUAGGCGUGUAAAGACUAGCCUUAGAGAAUUGAGAGAAAGAGUUGCAAAUGGUGGGGAUCCAUCAAAAUUGCGUGAACCACCAGUUGUGCAUGACAUCCCAGAUGGUGAACAAGAAAAUGGAGAAGCAAGUCAUCAAGUGAAUGAGGUGUUUGCAGAACCUGGAAAUGUUAAUGACAUUCAAGAAGACAUGUUGAAUGAUAUAUUUGACAAAGCUACCGAAGAACCUUCUCAGCCCAUGCAAAAUGUCAUUAGUGCGAGUACCGAUCCCAAAAGUAGUGCAGUUGAAAAGACAUCAAAUGAAGUCCCAAAUAGUGGAGCCAGUCUGUCCAGCAAUGCUGGGAUAACAGCAGAGCAGAGAGCCCGUAUGGAAGCAAAUAGGUUGAAGGCACUAGAAAGGCGCGCAGCUCGAGCCAGCAUAUCACAGUCUUCCUAGCUUUGAUAUUUAUUGUAAAUGAAAGUAUUGUCCCUAUCAGUCUCUCACUACUGGUUGGGUUUACUUUAAAUCCCGUGAUUCAAUAGUUUUAUAUGAUGCAUCGUGAUCUUGAAGAUCGGCAUGUCACAGUAAGUGGGUUGAUAGUUGAUUAGCUUUAUUGUUGAGUUUAAAAAGGGCCUACUCGGUCACUUGUUGAAGCACUAUUAUCGCUCUAUUUAGACGGCAUGUGCUAAUGAAAGUCUCAACCAAGUUGAAUGAAAUUUUAAUAUUUCAAGUUU